AUGUCCGACCCAAGUGCUGAUCAUCUCUCUAUAAUUAUAGACCAAAAGCUAACUCGCUUAUCUCCAAUACCCUGUGAGCGUAACCUAUUCAGAGUGCAUAAUCCUCUCCGCAAGACAACUAUGAAGGUUUAUGAACCCGAUAUAAUUGCUAUUGGUCCUUAUCACCGUGGAAACCCCAACUUGCAGGAGACGGAAGAACAGAAAUUACGGUAUGUGCAACAGAUUCUUAGAAAAGCGGGAGCGUCCAGUGUCCACAGAUGCAUCAUAGCCAUGAGAGAAUUGGAAGAAAAAGCACGCAAAUAUUAUGCAGAAUCAAUCAACCUUAGUGAAGAUGAUUUUGUGGAAAUGAUGCUUCUUGAUGGCUGCUUUCUCCUCGAGUUUCUUCUGAGUUACAGGGAUUUUUACUUACUAGGAGAGGUGGGUGACUCUGUCUUCGAAUUUGAUCACAUUCGGUAUGGCCUACGACAUGAUUUAUUGUUAUUUGAAAAUCAACUUCCAUUCUUUAUCCUAAUUCACUUAGCCGGCAUGAUUGGCCACGAACCAAAAUAUGUCGUUUAUUUAGCCCAGUCUUUAAUAGCCUUAUGUUUUUCUGGUGCAAAUAUACGGCAUAGUGCUUUGGAUUCGAUCCGAAUCGAAGAUAUUAAGCAUCUACUUGGUCUGGCACAUUAUUGUAUGAGUUCUUCGUUUGCUGAAAUGGUGCCACUUAGAAAUGUUGGUGGUUUCAAUGGUUUCAUAAAUUGUACCACGGUGCUCCAGGAAGCCGGAAUUCAGAUAAAGAAGGCCAAGGAAAGUACUACGAGUUUAUUGGAUAUUAGCUUCACCAAAGGGGUGCUGGAAAUCCCACCUUUAUUUUUGGAUGAUUCGACAGAAUCUCUCUUUGCAAAUCUAAUUGCAUACGAGCAGUAUCAUCCAGCAAGCACUCCCAAAUACGUAACUGAUUAUAUCAUUGUUAUGCAUUGUCUCAUCAAUUCCUCAAAGGAUGUUGAGUUGCUUCGUCACUGCGAAAUUAUUAAUGAUGUUUUAGGCAACGAUGACGCAGAUCAUGCCAUGUUGACAAGGCUGGCAAAGAAUGCUGUGUCAUCGAAUAAAUUCUGUUACUCCCAAGUUUUCAAUGAUGUGAACGUGCACUGCCGGCAUCGUCGGAAUGUAUGGAUGGCAAAUCUGAGGAGGAAUUAUUUCAACACUCCAUGGGCAAUCAUAUCAUUUCUUGCUGCUUUUCUAUUGCUUUUUCUCACUUUAACACAGACUGUAUUUUCUAUUCUUCCUCAUGCUAAGUGA